GCUGACAAGGAAGCGCCGAGCGGCUUCGUACCUGGCAAAGCGGAUGCUACAGCAGAGAAGUCGUCACCGCCAUCUUUAGCAGGCAGCAGCGAGCAGACGUUGCGCUCAGGAGGCCCUGCUUCGCCCAGGCGCUCGCAUGAGGGCACGCGGAUCAGGAGAGCAGAAAAGGAUAGCUUGUUACUGGCGGAGGAGAGGCGCGAGGAUGAGCGGAGAAAGGCCCACAACAAGAGGAGAGAGAGGGCUAUAAGUCGACUGAUGGACUCGGAUCGGGUGAGCAGGCACGGGCUUCAGGAAGGCUAUAUGCACCCUACGUUCGAAGUUGAGCUAGCUAGCUGAUUCUCAAGUUCUGUAUGGGCCGACCUCCUUGUCAGGCAUUGGCAGAUCUGUUAAUGCAGACUGCUGGCUCUCUCUCUGCGCUUGUCACCAUCACCUCGGACGGGGAGAAGGCUGUAGCUGCGGGGAGUGAUAACGCAGAGCACCAAGCGCAAGCGGCUCGCGAUAGUCUACCAUCCACCGCAAGCAGCGCUGAUCGCGUCAAGGUGUUCGAGGGUAGAGCAAGUCAGUGGUUCGCGACUUUAAAUGACAUUCAAACUUCUCUGAGGACAGCAACCGCGACCUUGCGCGCAGAUGGCCGACCGGCGAUCUCGGAUGGAGUGAACCUUUUUGGACAAGGAAGCUCUUAUGCUGCUCGGACAGAGGCGGGGAGCGCAGGUCGUGGGCAUACGUUGCCUCUUCAGGGUGCAAUGAGCGGUCACGGGCCACGCAAAGAAGACAGAGAUGCCUCGCUAUCGCUCGGCGCCCUGAGACUCCAGCAGCAAAGUUGGAGGCAGUUGAACGAUGCCCUCGAAGAAAUUGCUACGGGCUCCGCGCACCUUGAACCUGAUCAACACCACAUCGCCAGAAAUCGAUCCUCAACUUCGGAGGAGCGGACCAGGGACGUCACUUCAAGCGUUCGCGAACAUCAGCUGACGGCAGACGCCCGACUGAUAGGGGCACUCCUGGGCUCUACCAGCACACUAGGCUCUCACCAGAACCCGGGCGAAAAACACCAACCAGCCUCCGGCUCCAGCUCCACGGCUUUAGCAUAGGCCGCUCACACAUCCAUCGCCCGGCGACCCCUUUUCCUCGCUCAGCCGGACUGCCUCCAAGCAAGCCACUUUAGCGUCUCCGCGUCGUGCAGCUACUUCGAUCUCAUUGUA